AAGUCAGAACAACGAAGAAACACUCAUGGAAGAAAUAAUUCAGAAUGAAGGACAGGAAGAUGAAGGAGAGGCGGAAGAGGCAAACAAUGUCGUGGUCAGAGAGGGGGAGGAAGAGAAAGAAACAAGCGUAGGGAGUUCAGACGAACAGGAAGAAGUGCGAUACGUCGUCGAGAAAAUCUUCAGCGCGAGAAGAUGCGAGUUGGUGAUCCGCGUGAACGACGUCGACGCGGAGGAGGAACGGCGCGGGGCGAUCGAAUGCAGCGAAACCAAGCUUUUCAUAGAGCCGAGUGCAAAGAAGGGAGGCGAUGAGGAGGGAGUAGAGGGAGAACAAGAAGAAGAAGGGAAGAAUCAAGAGCCACAAAUUGCGCUAAAGGAAGUAGACUUGGGGAAUGACAGCGUUGAUGGAAGUGCUGAAAUAAUGGCAGAGGAAACCAGGGAAGAGCAUGCAACAACAAUUUAUGAAAAUAAGGUAGAAGUGCCAUGCUUCUCUUUGGAAAAUGCUGCAGUCGAUGAAGAAAAGAAAAACGAUGAAGUGAUUGAAGAUCUGAACGAGGCAGUUGAGAAAGAGAUGACGGAACCGAUGGAAAAGAACUACGCUGGCAGGGAGGAUAAGGAAGUAGAAUUAAAAGAGGAAGACGGACCUGCAGACAUGGCGACGUGGAAGGAAGACAUAAAUAAGCACGCAGUCAAAGGAGAGGAACAUGCUACUUUCUCGAAGGAAGGAGGAAGUGAGACAACGGAGGAUUACGAAGACGCACUAGCAGAGAUCGAAGACGAUUACCCUGCGCACGCCAAGAAACCCGAAGUGAUACAAGAACAAGAAGACAAUGACGACGAAGUAGAAGAAUCGGUAAUAAGCGAAGAGGUGAUGAUCCGUGAGGGGUGGACCGACAUCGUCAUUGAGCAAAGGGAGGAAAGCGAGCCCGAGGAUAUCGCAGAAAGCAAUGGUCAAUGGGGCCUGGAGUGGGUCCAGAGGAGGAGGUCCUUCGAGAGCCAGACCUUCAGUGUCCUGGAGGAAGAAGAAGUUGGAGCGGAGAAGAACGACGAUUCGGAAGCGUCGGUCCCUGUUCAAGAAGGGGGAAGCACCACAGCGGAAGAGGAAGCGGGAUGGACUCUAGUAAACCUUGAAUCUGAUGACAAGACAGAGGAAAGUGAAAAUGAAAACACUUCCAAUGAGGAGAGUAAAGAUAAGGUCAUAGUGUACGAACAUGAAGAGCCAAAUGAGAGUGAAAUGAUGAAAAUCGUCGCCACUCAGAGUAGAAAGGACGGCAUCAUAAGUGGAAUGGCAUUAAAUACUGUGAAAGAAUACACAUCUGACAGCAGCAAAGCCGAAGAUGAACCAGAAAGUACAGAAAGCACAGGCUAUGUCUCAGCCGAAGAUAGGACAGAGAGCAUUUUGUCUGAGGAACUAGACAGCAUUAAGCCCAGCAGAAUCAGAUCGACUGCAUUCAAAGAGCAUCAGACUGUCAGGAUUGGAGGAAUUCAGUUCAUCAGGAUUGAUGAUGAGCCAGAGAGCUCAGGAAGCACCGAUUACACUUCAGCUGAAGAAAGGAUGGGAAGCACAUUUACUGAAGAACAUGAGAGUAGUUCGGACGAAAAAUUCAGACGAAGCCCAUUGAUUGGACGACAAGAUGACAGCAUUAUCGAAGAAUCAGAAAGCAAUGCUGAGGAGCCUGAGAGCAGCAUGGCCGACGAGCCAGAAAGCAGCAUGGCUGAGGAACCAGAAAGCAGCAUGGCUGAGGAGCCUGAGAGCAGCAUGGCCGACGAACCAGAGAGCAGCAUGGCUGAGGAACCAGAAAGCAGCAAGAGCAGCAUGGCUGAAGAACCAGAAAGCAGCAUGGCUGAAGAACCAGAAAGCAGCAUGGCUGAAGAACCAGAAAGUAGUGUGGCUGACGAGCCAGAAAGUACGGCCGAUGAACCAGAAAGUAGUAUGGCUGAAGAACCAGAGAGAAGCAAAUACGAGUUUGUCCAAAGCAGAAACACUGUGAUGAUAAGUCAAAGAUCAAGCAGAUUCAUGCAAGACCAAGAAAACACAGUUGAAAGAGAAACAAUCAAAUCUGGAGGAACAAAACUGAACAUAUUGGAAAAUCGAGAAAUCAGCAAAUACGGAGAGGUAAAAAAUACAUGCCAAAGAGAUCCAGAAAUAAAUGCAGUUGAGGAAGCAGAAAGAGAUAGCAAAUUUGAAGACCAAAAAAUAUGCACAGGAACAAAUACUGAAAUUAGCAUUGUAAGAGAGCUAGAAAUGGGCUCAGAUCAAGAAACGGGAAUAAACACAAUCGCAGAAUCAGUAACCAGUCAAGUUGAAGAAUCGGAAAAAAACAUAAUUGUAGAAUCAGUACUCCUCAAACCUGAAGAAGCGAAAAUCCCCACAGGAGGAAAAACAAUUAGUAUAAUUGAAGAAAUUGAAGAAGUAGAAAUCAGAACAUUCAAAGAACCAAUAAUGAGCAAAACGGAAAGGACAGAUGUCAGCACAGUUAAAGAACAAGUAAUAAGGAAAGGUAAAGCUCAAGACGCCAACAUAUUUGGAGAACUAGAAGUCUCAGCUGAAGGCUCAGAAAGCACCAGAAUUGUAGAAUCAGAAAUAAGCAAAGCAGGAGUUAGCAAACAUAAUGAGGGAGAAUCAGAAGUCAGUUUUGAAGAGCAAGAAGUUAACAGAAGUAAAGAGAAAGAAAUCGAGACAGAUAAACAAUUAUAUAUUGACAGUGAUAGCAGCCAGGAUAUCGAAGAUGAACAAAAACUCGGGUCAGCUGAAGAUCCAGAAAACAUCUCAGUUGAAAAAACGUCAAUUAGUGAAGCUGAAGAGCCAGAGUUCAGCACAGUUGAAAAAACCGAAAGCAGAGUAGUUGAAGAGCCAGAAUUCAGCUCAUUUAAAGAUUUGGAAAUCAGUGCAGAUGAAGAACCAAAUGUUAGGGAAGCUGAAGAACCAAAAAUCAGCUCAACUGAAACACCAGAAAUCGAGGCUGUUGAAGGAUCAGAAAUUAGGGUAGGUGAAAACCCCAAAAUCGCUGCUGACGUGGAACCAGAAAUGAGGGUGGUAGAAGAACCAGUAAUCAGUGCAGUUGAAGACUUAGAUAUUAGGGCAGAUGAUGUACCAGUACUUACGUCUGAAGAACAACCUGUUAGGGCAAUUGAACCUCAAAUCAGUCCUAAUAACGGAGCAGAAACCGGAGCAGUUGAAGAGACGGAAAUAAGUGAUGUUGAGGUUCCAGAAGUUAGUAUACCAACACAAAUAAGCUCAGUUGAAGAAGUAGAAGUUAAGGCAGUUGAAACAGAAAUCAAGGCAGUUAAAUGUCCAGAAAGAUUAUCAGUUGAAGAACCAGAAGCUCAAUCAGUUCAAAACCAUGAAACCAGCACAGAUGAACAGUCAGAAAUCAGAGCAGUUGAAAAAAUCAAAAUCAGUGCACAUGAAGAACCAGAAAUCAGCAGAGUUGAAGAGUCAGAAAUCGAGGCAGCUGAAGAUCAACAAACAAGUCCUGUUGAAGUACCGGCAAUCCGUGCAGCUGAAGAACCGGUAAUCCCCUCACUUGAAGAGCCAAAAAGCAACGCCGUUGAAGAACCAUAUGUCAACAUAGCUGAACCUGAUAUGAACUUAGCUGAAGAAUUCUGCCCAGUUGAAGAACCAGAAAUCAGCGCAGUUCAAGAACCAGAAAUCAGCGCAGAUGCAGAACCAGAAAUCAGCGUAGUUCAAGAACCAGAAAUCAGCGCAGUUCAAGAUCAAGAAAUCAGCGCAGUUGCAGAACCAGAAAUCAGCUCAGUUCAAGAACCUGAAAUUAGCGCAGUUCAAGGAAAUAGCGCAGUUGCAGAAUCAGCGCAGUUGCAGAACAGAAAUCAAGGACAGAAAUUAGCGCAGUUCAAGAACCAGAAAUCAGCACAGUUGAAGAACCUGACGUUCAGAACCAGGAAUCAGUGCAUUGAAUCAGCGCAGUUCAAGAACCAGAAAUCACAAUCAGCGCAGUUGCAGAACCAGAAAUCAGCGCAGUUCAAGAACCAGAAAUCAGCGCAGUUCAAGAACCAGAAAUCAGCGCAAGAAACCAAAAUCAGCGCAGUUCAGAACCAGAAAUCAGCGCAGUUUCAGAAAUCAGCGCAGUUGCAGAAACAGAAUCAGCCAGUUCAGAAACCAGAAAUCAGCACAGUUGUAGAACCAGAAAUCAGCGUUGAAGAACCAGAAAUCAGCGCAGUUUGCAGAACCGAAAUCAGCGCAAUUCAAGAACCAGAAAUUAGCGCAGUUUCAAGAACUAGAAAUCAGCGCAGUUGCAAGAACAAAAAUCAGCGCAGUUCAGAACCAGAAUCAACGAACUAUCAGCGCAGUUCAGAACCAGAAAUCAGCGCAGUAAAACAGAAAUCAGCGCAGUUAAGAACCAGAAUCAGCGCAGUUGUAGAACCAGAAAUCAGCAACAGUUACAGAACCAGAUCAGCGAGUUGUAGAACCAGAAAUCAGCAGUUACAGAACCAGAAAUCAGCAGUGCAGAACCAGAAAUCAGUGCAGUUGCAGAACCAGAAAUUCAGCGCAGUUUGCAGAACCAGAAAUAGCGCAAUUGCAGAUCACCAGUUGCAGAACCAGAAAUCAGCGCAAUUGCAGAACAGAAGAUCAAGCGCAGUUGUAGAUCCAGAAAUAGCGCAAUUCAAGAACCAGAAUCAGUGCAUUGCAGAACUAGAAAUCAGCAAAACCAGAAAAGAGCAGUUGCAGAACCAGAAAUCAGCGCAGUUCAAGAACCAGAAAUCAGCGCAGUUCAAGAACCAGAAAUCAGCGCAGUUGCAGAACCAGAAAUCAGCGCAGAUUGAGAACCAGAAAUCAGUGCAGAACCAGAAAUCAGCGGCAGUCAAGAACCAGAAAUCGAGAAAGAACAGAAAUCAGCGCAAUUCAAGAACCAGAAAUGCGCAAAAUCAGCAGUUAAGAACAGAAGAUCAGCGCAGUUCAAUGAACAGAAAUCAGCGCAGUUCAAGAACCAGAAAUCAGCGCAGAUGCAGAACCAGAAGUCAGCGCAAGUCAAGAACCAGAAAUAGCAGUUUGCAGAACAGAAAUUCAGUUGCAGUGCAGAAACCAAAAUCAGCGCAGUUCAGAACCAGAAAUCAGCGCAGUUUCAUAGAACCAGAAAUUAGGCAGUUGCAGAACCAAGAAGGCAGUUCAAGAACCAGAAAUCAGCGCAGUUGCAGAACCAGAAAUCAGCGCAGUUGCAGAACCAGAAAUCAGCGCAGUUGCAGAACCAGAAAUCAGGCGCAGUCAAGAACCAGAAAUCAGCGCAGUUCAGAACCAGAAAUCAGCGAAGAACCAGAAAUCAGCGCAGUAAGAAAUCAGGAAAUCAGCGCAGUUCAAGAACGGCGCAGCAAGAUCAGCGCAGUUCCAGAACAGAAAAUCAGCCGUUAUGAACCAGAAAUCAGCGUAGUCAAGAACCAGAAAUUUGCAAGAACAGAAUCAGCGCAGUUCACAGAACCAGAAAUCAGCGCAGUUCAAGUAGUUCAAGAACCAGAAAUCAGCGGCCAGUUCAAGAACCAGAAAUCAGCGCAGUUCAGAACCAGAAAUCAGCGCAGUCAAGAACCAGAAAUCAGCGCAGUUCAAACAGAAAUCAGCGCAGUUUCAGAAGAAAUCAGCGCAGUUGCAACCAGAAAUCAGCGCAGUUCCGCAGGAUCAGCGCAGUUCAAGAACCAGAAAUCAGCGCAGUUGAAGAACCAGAAAUCAGCGCUGUUCAAGAACCAGAAAUCAGCGCAGUUGCAGAACCAGAAAUCAGCGCAGUUGCAGAACCAGAAAUCAGCGCAGUUCAAGAACCAGAAAAUCAGCGCAGUUCAAGAACCAGAAAUCAGCGCAGUUCAAGAACCAGAAAUCAGCGCAGUUCAAGAACCAGAAAUCAGCGCAGUUCAAGAACCAGAAAUCAGCGCAGUUCAAGCAGAGAACAGAAAUCAGCGCAGUUCAACCAGAAAUCAGCAACCAGAAAUCAGCGCAGUUCAAGAACCAGAAAUCAGCGCAGUUCAAGAACCAGAAAUCAGCGCAUUUGCAGAACCAGAAAUUAGCGCAGUUGCAGAAUCAGAAAUCAACGCAGUUGCAGAACCAGAAAUCAGCGCAGUUCAAGAACUAGAAAUCAGCGCAGUUGCAGAACCAGAAAUCAUCAGAACCAGAAAUCAGCGCAGUCGCAGAACCAGAAAUCAACAAACCAGAAAUCAGCGCAGUUUCAGUUCAAGAGCCAGAAUCAGCGCAUUUGCAGAACCAGAAGUCAGUGCAGUUCAAGAACUAGAAAUUAAUGCAGUUCAAGAACCAAGAAUCAGCGCAGUUGUAGAACCAGAAAUAAGCGCAGUUUCAGAACCAGAAAUCAGAGCAGUUGCAGAACCAGAAGUCAUCGCAGUUCAAGAGCUAGCAAUCAGCACAGUUGAACCAGAAAUCACCACAUUUGCAGAACCAGAAAUUGACGCAGUUGAACCAGAAAUCGGCGCAGUUGGAGAACCAGAAAUCAGCGCAGUUGAAGAACCAGAAGUCAGUGCACAUGAAGAACCAGAAAUCGGCGUAGUCCAAGAACCAGAUAUUAGUGGAGCUGAAGAACCAGAAGUCAGCGUAGGUGAAGAACCAGAAAUCAGCGUAGGUGAAGAACCAGAAAUUAGUGGAGAUGAAGAACCAGAAAUUAGUGCAGGUGAAAUACCAGAAAUCAGCGCAGUUGCAGAAUCAGAAAUCAGCACAGUUGAAGAACCAGAAAUCAAUGCAGCUGAAGAACCAGCUAUAAGCUCGGAAACUGUAGUCCACUCAGCUGAAAAACCCAGAAUCGACGCAGCGGUAGAAUUAAGCAGAAUUAAAAGCCUACAAUAUGACAAAACUGAGGACCUUGAAAGCAGAAAACUUGACAGAUUGCAAGCAAAGAGAACUGGAGAAUCAGAGAUAAGCAAAGUCGCAGAUCUAGAAAGUGGAAAGGUUCAAGAAAUGAUUCGUAAAUUUGAAGUGACAGAAAUCAACACUGUAGUAGAACAAAGUAGAGUGACAAAACCAAGAAUUAGCAAAAUUGAAGAGAAGAAAUGCAAAAUACUUGUAGAAUCAAAUACAUCUGAAGUUUUAUACUCAGAAGUGAGCAAAGAGGAAGAACCAGAACACACCCAAGUGGAAGUACCAAAAGGCAGCAAAAUGGAAAAAACAGAAAUGAGACCAGAUGAAGAAGAACCAGAAAGCGGCAUAGAGGAUGAAUAUAAGUGUGUCCUAACCGAAAGGCCAGAAAUGAGAAAACAUGAAGAAUUGGAAUCCAUCUCUACUGAUAAAUUAGAAAUAAGCACAGGGGACUUAUCAGAGAGUGUCCUAACUGAAGAACCAGAAAGCAUCAAAGAAGAGGCAGAAAGAGCCUCAAUUAAAGAUCUAGGGAGCAGUACUGUUGAAGAACCAGAAAUCAGUAGAGUAGAAAAACCACAGAACAUCUUUGCUGAAAAACCAAUGCGCAAUAUUACUGAAGAACACGAAAUCAGCACGGGGGAAAGGCCUGAGAACAUCUUAGUUGAAGAAUCUGCAGUUGAGAAAUAUGGAGAACUGGAGAGCAGUACUACUGAAAAAACAGAAAGCAGUGUUAAUGAACAAACAGAAAGCAGUAUAGUGGCAGCAGAUAGCAAUCAAAUCAAAGGAACAGCAAUCAACCACACUGAUAAACAAGUAUGCAUUCAGCCUGAAUUAAAAGUAAACAAUGAUGAAGAACACGAAAGUUAUGCUGUUAAAGAACCAGAAAUUAGUUUAGUUGAAGAACCAGAGAUCGGUCAAGUUGAAGAACACCAAGUUGCAGAACUAGAAAACAGCCCAAUUGAAGAAACAAAGAGUAGACAAAAUGAAAAGUCAGAAUACAAUCCUCCUGAAGAAUCAGAAAGUAGUCAAAUUGAUGAAUCAGGAAGCAGUAUAGCUGAGGAACUUGAAUACAGUCCAGUUGAAAAAACGGAAUAUACUCUAAUUGAAGAACCAAAAAUCAAUCCAGUAGAACCAGAAAGUAUGUUUGAAGAAGCAGAGAGCAGUCGAGUUGAAGAACCAGAAAGAAGCACAGUUGAGGACUUAUAUAUUAGCUCAGCUGAAGAACCAGAAAUUAACUCAGCUGAGGAACCAGAUAUGAACCCAAUCACGGAAUUAAAUAUUAGUUCAGCUCAAGAAACAGAAAGCAGCCCAUUUGAAAAAACAAAAAGCAACCAAGAUGAAGGAGAGGAAUUCAAAACAAGGAAAGACCCAAUUAACAUAAAAGAGGACUCUGAUAUCAGCUCAGCUGAGGAGGCAGAAUUUAACCCAGCUCAGGAACAAGAAAGCUUUGCAGGAGCAGAAAAUAGUCUAUUUGAAGGACCUGGAACAAUCUCUUCUGUAAAAACAACUCAUGAAAAGAGAGAAGAAAGUAAUAUAGAUGUUGAAAAUGAUGCAUCAAAAUGUUGGCUGAAUAAUGCUUCUGUUGAGAAUGAACCAGGAAAGAUCAUAAUUGCAGAAGCGGCAAUGGAUAAUCUAGUACUUAAUGAUGGAACAGAAAGCAAUAACAAUAAAAAGGAAACGGAAUCAGAUGAAGGCUACAACAAUGAAAUUAGUAAUGGUCAUAUACAGAAAACAAUUGAAAAUACUUUAGCAGAGAUGAAAACUGAAAUGGCUGUAGAAGAAACCCAAGUAAACAAUCAGGUCUACCACUUACAAAAAGAGAACGAUGUACAGCUUGAAGAUGAUGCAAAUGAAAUGAUAGAAGAAUUAACAAGAAUUAUUGAAGAAGAAAGGCAAGUAAUGGAGGAAGACUCAUCACAGGCUAGGGAGGAAAUCAGUCUCGCAGAUGAAUUAGCAAGAGCAGAGAAAGAAGAAGAAGACAGGAGGCUCAGUGAAUUGGAAAUUGAAGCUAAAACUGAAGAAAACACUCAAAUGAUUGAGACUGAAACUCUCUAUAAAGAAACCAAAAUAAAGAGUAGUGUGGCAAAUCAGCUGAAGUCAGUAGAAGAUGAAAUCCGGGACAUAGAAGAGGAAACCAAAGAAAUAGAGAAAGAAAUAGAAGUUAUUGAAAAGGAGGCCAAAGUAAUAGAAAGAGAGACAAAUCUUGUUGAGGAAACUAUGUUAAAUAAAAAUGGAAAUAAAACUGAAGAAGCAAGACUAAUGAAUGGUAAUGAGGAGGAAAAACAAGUAAUGGAAGAAGCUAGUGCUAUACCUAUAAAUGAGGAAAAAGAAUCAGGAAAGGACAUUGUACAGGAAGUAGUGAAUCCAGAGAUUACAAAAGAAAAAAUUGCAACAUAUGAUAAACUGGCAAUUAAAGAUAUCAAAAGAACUGUGAAAACAGAGGAAAUAAAAUCAAUAAAGGAAGAAAUUGCAGAAGCUGAGAAGAAUGAAAGAAAGGAAUUGCUGAAAAGGGAAGGAACAAAUGUGGUGGAUGAUUAUGUCAGACUGAUGGUGGAAGAUGUUCGAAUGAUGGAAGAGGAAAUGAGAGAGAUGGAAGAGAAGAUGAAGUUGAUAGAAAGUGCAAUUGAAGCAGAAGAAAAAAGUAGCAAAGUGAAAGAGCCCAAGAAUCAAAUGAAGGAUUUGAAAAAUUACUUGGAAACUAUGAGGACAGCAGAUUCAAUGAUUCAGGGAGACAGUGAGAUGGAUGAGUCUACAAAGCUCCUGAAAGAGGUAGACAAACUCAUCAAGGUGGUGGAAAGUGGAGUUCAAAUACCAGACAAAAUAUCUGAGGAUAUGUCUAAAGCAGGAAGAAUAUUGGAAGAAAUAAAGAAAACAGAAUACACAAAUGAUAUGGAAGAAUUAAAACUAACUGACAAGGAAAUCUUAGCAGUGGAAGAUGUAAAACAGAUAGAAAAUAAAUGCUUGUCCACUAGAGGAGAAAAUGAUAAGGAUACACAAAAUGAAAUAACUGAAACUGAUCAAGAAAUGCAAGACAUGUCUUAUGAAAUUCUGGAAACAGAAGAUGCACUUGAAAGCAUGGAUGAUAAAGUAGAGGGUAAUGAAAGAAGCAAAGCAAAACUUCCUGAAGACAAGACAGAAGCAAGUACAAGUGACAAGAAGGAUGAUGAGGCAUUGAUGAAUACUCUUGUGGAAAAGGCUCAAAAUACUGAAUUUACUGAGUAUGUAAAUGAAGCAGAACAUUUAGCUUAUGAUCAAGGUAAAAAGAUGGACAGUGAAAUCAUUGAAGGGGAAACAAAUGGAGGACAAGAAACAAAUGAAGACAACUCAAUGGAAGAUGAUGAAGAAUGGGAAGAUGCUUUGGAAAGUCUGAAAUAUUCUGAACUUGAAAAAACACCAAGGCCAGCAGUGGAAGCAGUAGCUGAGGUAAAGAAUGACUGGGGCAAUUAUCUAACUGAAAAUACUAGGACUCAUGCCAAACAGGCUGUAGACGAGAAAGAAGACAGGCUGGAAGAUGAAGAUGAGAUAGAACACAUUGUGUACACUAGGGUAACUGAUGAAACAGUACAAAAUACAGAAUCUGACAUCUCUCUGGAAUCUGAAUACCAAGAGAUAAAGGAAUUUGAAGAAAAAGAAGAAGCUGAGCUUAGAACAGAACUAAAUGUUCCUGAGGAAGCUGUUAAUGGGGAAGUACAUGAGAGAUUAGCACCACUGACAGUCCAAGCUGCAGAAAAUAACAUCAGUGAAAUGGUUACAAACAAUUUGAAGGAAAAUCAUGAAGGUAUCAAUGGAAAUGUAGAAAAUGAAGAUGAAUUAGGUGAUGAUGCAGCAGGAGAACAAACUGAGGAAAGAUAUUUGAACAUGGCUGAAGCUACACAAGAGGAAGUUAUCAAGGAUGAUGAAUUUAAAUCAACCAUGAUAGAAGACACUGACGAAGAACUAAAUGAAUCUGAUAAUUCUGAAGCGGAGGAAGACCUGAUUAGAUAUGAAUUAAUGGCUGGCAGAAGUGAUGAUCUCAUAGCUGAAAGGGAGAAGGAAAUGUUCAAGAACAUGAUCUGGAGUGUCAUCAUGGAAGAGCCUGAACAUGAGGUAAUGGAAGAGGACAGAAACAAAAAGGCUGAAAACCAAGAUAAAACUGAGGACAGAACAACUAUCUUAGCAAAUGAAUUAUUGGAGAGACUCAUUCAAGAAAAGGAGGUAGACUUUUUGAGAAAUGUCAGAGCAGCAGCUAUAAGCAUGGAGAGUGAUGAAGAAAAGGAAGGCAAGUUAACCAACGAAGAGCAGGAUUAUAUGGCAGAUGUUGACUUGAAUGAUGAAGAACAGAGUAGUGCACAAGAGACUAGUGAAGACUGGGUGACACCUGAAGAUGCAGAAAUGGAACUCCUCAUGAAAGACAUGGAAAAUAAAACCCACGGCUAUGAAAAUGAAACGAGAAAAGAUGACAGCACCAGUUGUGAAAGCUUUAGUGUCUCAUCUCAUAAGGGAACUGAACUAGAAACAUCAAAGUCAAUCAGUGUGAAAGAAGCUAUUGCCAAAGCCAAGGAAGAGGAUGCAAAGAAAAAACAAGAAAGCCUUGUUAAGUCUCUGGAGGCAAUGGUCAAAAUGAAACAGGAGAAGAAAGAAAUGACAGAGAAGGAGGUGAAAAGCGUCUUGGAUUCUGUGCUGCGUUUCUUAAGAUACCUGUUUUGUUGCUGGAGCAUAGAGAAUCCAGCACAGUGAAGGGCUGACAUAAAAUUUUAUAAAAAAAAGUCUGAAGUUUCUUCUACAGUCACUUUACUAAACAGUUCUGUACAUCAAGUUACACACACACAUACACACACAAACACAC